GAGAGAGAGAGACAGUACUGUGGCGUCAGCAUUCAAUCCUUGAUUGUUGUUGUUGGGUGCGUGUGUGUGUGCGUUUGUGUUCCCGCUGUGGGUCUCGCCGACGUUGGAAAGUGAGGCCUAACAGACCUCCUUCGCAUCAUUAACCCUCAGAAAGAAAAGGAAAAGACAAUAACGCGAAGAGGUUAAAAAAUGGAAGGCAGCGUUGUUAGAGAUCACAAGUUCUACGGUGAAGAGGAAACCGCAGCACUCAUUCGCGCGUUAGACCGCGACGAGGACCACCACAUCUUCGCCGAGGAUGUAGUCAAGACGUACCCGUAUUUAGCAGAGAGCUACACAAAGGUGUGCCCGCGUCGCUGCGAUUUGGCCACGGCGGCCCAGAAGGCGCUGGAGGGCGCCUACUCGUACGAUGUGAAGCUGACGGACCUGAGGGCCGACAUCGCCUUGAUGGUCUCCAACUGUGUGGCGUACAACGGUCCCACCAGCGCGUACGCGGAGACGGCGGCAAAAUUCGAGCGCUUCGCGUUGGAUCAAAUCGACCUGUUCAUCGUCGAGCAUAACGGUGGACGACGGCUGUCUCGGCUGCGGCUUCCCGCUGCCACCGCACCGUUGCAACCCCCACCGACGCCGGGUGCGCCAACCAAGAAGACGUCUGCGUCGGAUAAAAGGGAAGCUUCCUCCACGGAGAAGACCGCGGCCGCUGCGGCGUCGGCCACCGUCACCGCCUUCGUCGUGCCAACCACGCGCGAGGUUGUGCAACUUGUGGACUCCCUCAACCGCCGCGAAGACGGCGGCGCCUUCUCGGUGGAUGUGGCCGAGGCCUACCCGGAUCUUCGCGCGAGUUACCAAAAGAUGUGUCCCCACCCGAUGAACCUCCUCCUGAUGCACCAGCGGGCGAAGGAGGGCUUCUACACCGCAUCGUCGUCGUCGGCAGCGCCGCUCUUCGGCACCUCCGUCGCCGCCUCCUUCACGCGCCUCCGCGAGGAUGUCGAGCUGCUUGUGCGCAACUGCAUCACCUUUAACGCCAAGGUCGACUCCUGGGUGACGCUCGCCCGCGGCUUUCAUGCCUUCGCGCACCGCCGCAUCGACGACUUCGUGCUGCGCCACGCCGCCUCCUUGCGCGGCACGCAGACAGGGGCGCAGGUCUACCUCAGCGCAACCUCCGGCCCGGACCCAGCAACGACACCAGCAGCAGCCGUCGCCGCGUCGACGAGCGCUGCGGAAGUCGCUGCGGCCGCGGUGCCGAUCUCGACGGCUGCACGUACGAGCAGCAGCGGUGGAAGGCACGAGGCACGGAAGCGCGAACGGGCAGAGGAGCGCCUGAGCAACAACAGCCACAGCAUCAGCACGACGACUGCCGCUGCCUCGACCUCUCUUGCCACCGCGCCGUCGCCCGUAAAGGUCGUCGGCGAGGUCGUUCCGCAGGUGUGUCCGACACCGCUGCAGCCCGGUCUGGUGAUUCCCCCGCGGCUGCGACGACGGCUGGCGCUGGAACACCUGCACCACGCGCAGCUGCCGCUUCGACGGGUCGGCGUGUCCGUUCCGCUGGCGGCGUUGUACCCCGCGCUGCCCAAAUCGGAGACGAAGCCGGACGAAACAGACCAGGCGGACGCACCAUCGGCGGAAGUGGGGGAAGAGCACAAAGAGCCCAGCGAGGAGGACACCACCCUCCCAGCAUCGUCGUCCUCCUCCGCGCGGUGCGUCAGUAUCGAUACGUCCUGCAGCGCCGCCCACGUUGUGCAAAUGCUUGAGCGCUCCAUCGAUGACUUCUUCUCCGAGCAGCGCCGUCGCCCCGACUUCGCCGACACCUUCGCCUUCAGCCAGCGCGAGGAACGGCUCUACCGUGACGUUCUGCGCGUCAUCGCGGAGCUCUUCGAGCACACCGCCCCACACCUUCUCUUGUACGAGCGGGAGUCAGCCGAGCUGGCAGAGUGGACGGCCCUGCGCGCCCUCCAGAGUGCAGACGUGGACGUCGCCGGGCGGGCGGCUCCCCGCCUCGCCGACCACCUCCACUACCUUUACCUCGUCCGUUUUCUUGUGCAGUGGCCGCAGCUGGCGUGUCUGUGCUGCACCUCGUCCACGGCGCCGGCGCGGAGUGGGUCUGCGGUGGCGAAUGGGGCCGGCACGCGCAGCUCGGGCGCUGCUACGACGACCGCCGCGCAGGGCUCGCUGCGGAUCUCGCGCGAUCAGCUAAAAGCGAUGGCGCAGGUGGCUCUCAUCACACAGGAGUUUCUCAACUUUAUUGAAAAGGUAGAGGAAAAGGUCAGCGGAGGUUUUUGA